AUGAGCAGGCGAACAGUGCCACCGGGUGGACUGAACUCGUGCGAGAGGAUAAGACCGGAACGACCCAGGAACCCUAUCCAAAGGCUGGUGUGGGGUCCAGGUUCUCAAUUCCAAGUCGGUCAAAUUGGUCUACCCGAGGACGAGGGCUCGAAUCCACGGAUGGCCUUGAGAAGAUUCCUGAGACUGUACGAGGGCAGACAGUACCGAGAGGCGGCCGCUUUCCUCAUGAAGCUUCCUCACUAUACCCUGAAAGCGACCCUGCCGGACAUUCCGGUGGACCUGUUGAUCGAAACGCUGCCCCACAGUUUGUCUCUGCUCGAAGCUCUCUAUUCGAGGCUGCUCGAGUUGAACGUGAACGAUGCGAAGAUUGUGCGCGUCGAACAGGUCCUUUGGAGGGUCGUGCACCUGAUCUCUGUCAGCCAGGACCACUUCCGCCUGAGGAUCUGGUGCAAGUUACUCGUGUCGUUGCACAGAUUGGCUCCUAACGCGAGGAGCAUGUUGAUGGGGAGGAAGAGGGCUGUGGAAAGGGCGGUCGAAGGUCUAGGCAAACACGGCCUGGUGCCGUUCUCUCAGCCGAGCAAUUUGGAGAACACAGGAGCGUCCAAUUUCGUCCCUUUGCCCGUUGCGCUCAAGGAACAGUUGGAGAGCCGGAUCGAGGCUUAUAAGUUGGCCGUGCACAAGAUCGAGAGCUUCGGGAAGCACGCCAGAAGUCACAAAGCGGACCAAGGUGUACAGGCGGCAUCGCAUCAGCGGCAACUUUCGCUAAAGUACAGCGAGAUCCAGCAGAGGUUGAUCGAUAAUCAGAGUCUGCUGAACACCUUGGAGAAAGCUGGUGACCCUACCAGCUUAGAAAGUCUGCUAUCCGAGCUGAAACGAAGGGUCGAGCAGGACAAGGAGGCGCUCAGACAAUGGACGGCCUUGAGGAAGUCCACCUUGGCCGGAAACACGAAGAAUCCGUCGCUGGCUGCGAGGCUGCUCCAAUUCUCCAGGGGUUGCGAGCUGGCUCUGCAAUUGAUGAACCAGAGCAAUCUACAGGCGUUCGAGCUGGGUGAAAAUCUGGCGGACGACUACGAGGAGGAAUCGAGCAGCAGCGCUGGCUACCACACGGACGAGAGUUGCAGUCCUACUCCCGAACCUGUGGUCAGAAACAGCUGCGAGAUUGUUAGGACCGAGGAGAAUUUUUCCAACGUAAUUUCCGGUGACGUGACCGCGGAACGACUGGCAGAAAGGUACACGGUCCUCUACGGCCAGGCACAUUUGCAUACCUUGGAUGCUCUGGACGCUCUGGAACCCCUGAAGAACGCUCCCGACUUGAAAGCCAAGAUUCUCUAUUCAGUGGUCGUGCUCUCCUGGCGAUUGGCGGGCAUGAUUCAGACGUCGAGGUAUCUGGAAGCGGUGAAAAUUCUGAACGGUACCGCGACCACGACGCAGGCGACACCGGAGCUUGAGGAAUGCGUGAAGCGGCAGUUGGCGACUUCCGGCGCGCGAACCGGUUCCCGGGAGGUCGCGGAACAGGUGGUCAACCAACUGGAAAGAACGCUGUACGACUUUCCGUGUCUACGGGGAUGCGCCGAGGUGAAGAACUACGCGAAUGCUUGCUCCAGUUUAGCCUGGGCCUGUCUGGCUCGUGCCACUCCUUUGGUUCUCGACGUGGCCCAGGCUUUGGAGUUCAGAAGGGAGCUCCAUCUCAGGCAUCACGCUUCUCCCGAGCCAAACGGUACCAGAAUUAAGACGGUCCUUUGGCCUGGACUUAGAGAGGGUUGUCAGGGGCCUUGUCUUCACAAAGCGGUCGUCCUUACCUCUUAA